AUGGAUCCUGCUUUACACUCCAGCCCUCCGUCUACCCAAAUAACCUACGCUGAGUAUCCUAUUGAACUCAAUGAAUGCAGAGAUUAUCUUGAGGGACUAGGUAUGUCGCCGGCUGAAGCUGACGAGUUACUGUCAUCUAAUCGGCGGGAAUCCUUCUUUGUCGACAACGCGGAUUUUGUCAACAUCAUGGAACAGCUCAUUCGUACCGGCAAGUACGGACAAAUGAGACACUAUGAUAUCCACGCAUUAAAGUCAGAAUGGCAGAGCAGAAACAAGGCGUUGGAAACCCAGUUCGGAGCUGUUCAAACAAGAAUUCUUCUGGAUUCUCUUGACUACUUGUCAGCCAUAAAACAUGAACAUGCUGUGAAAAAUAUGUUGGAAUUUAUUCGAAGUGAUGCAAGUAAUUAUCGCAUUAACUUUGUUAUACACGUGCUUCCCCUACUAUUGAACAAUCCUACUUCGAAACCUACUCAUCAACAUCCGACCGCCAAAGACUCGCGCACGACUCAAACGCCAGACAGACCCAAAAAACGUGCCCCGAAAUCAAAAGCUCAACCAUUGAACACCACAACUCGAAAGAGUGCACGCAUCCAAGAACGCCUAGAACGCCUUCAGAAGGAUUCGAAAAGGCCUACAUCACCCCCGCAGAGUCGCCGUCAGAACAGAAAGAGACAAGUUCGCCGGAGAUCAUGA